CAAAAACAGGCAGCUGUAGUUCAACUAUGAGCUGUUUAUUUUUUAUCAUUAUGGUUUAAUGCAUUUCUACAAACCAGACGUGUGAUUGUAACUCGUCCCUGCAGCUUCUCUCUCUCUCUCUUUCUCUCUCUCUGCAGCAGUAGCUCGUCACCGCCUCGCCUUGUGCCACGAGCUGAAACGAGCUCAGUGAACACUCUGCCUCCUCUCUCUAUCUCAGCCUUACUCUCCAGAUGUGCAGCAGCAUCGGUCCACAUCUGUUUUAAUGUCCUGAAACUCACAGAUAAACUCAUGGUUUUCAUCUACCAACUCCAAUGUGACCCAGCUUUUCUUUUUUUUUUUUUUUUAGCUUUUCUUUGAAAAUGUGUUUUGUUUUGUUUUUUUAAAAAGGCUUAAUUUCCAAAGUCUGACCAGAGUGAUUCAAAAUGCAGAUUUUAUUUUAUUUUUAAAGCAUGCUAGAGUUAUUUCAGGCUCCAAAGCGUUUUUUUUUUGUUUGUUUUUUAUAAUAAUAAUAUUAAUAAUAACUUGUUUUCUAUCAUUUCUACAGUGCCUAAGUUAAGACGAUGCAAUUUUGAAUGUUUUCACUUUUUUUGAAAAACAAGUGGCUUGUAAAAAUUUUUGUAGAUUUGUCUUUAUGGUAACACUAGCUCGUAUAGUGUGUUAGGCUUUUUUUUUCUUUCCGCUAUUAAACCAUUUAUUCCUUAAAAGUCUUUCUGUCAUGAGUUUUUAUUCUCUUGUGUGAAGGAAAUUACCUCAUGCGGAGUAUUUUUGUGAAACCUCCGGCCACCGCGCAAUCAGACUUUGUGUUUUCAGGUUUCUGUUUCCCAUCAGUCGUGCAGAAAGAAGCACAGAGAGGUUUUUAUCACAAGAGGAACUUGAGUUGAGGCUGGCAGCGCAGGAGGCGCUGUGGUUUUUGCAGCUUCGGAACGGACAGAGAAGCCGCGGACUUCCUGCUCACUGCUGACUGAGCUUCACUUCACAGAGUUUGUCUUUUUGAAGAAAUCUCACUGAUCGGCUGAAGAAGGACCCGACCCUCCAUCACCGUCUCUCUCAUCCGUCCUGAAAUCAGCGGAGACAUGAGCAUCUGUUUUAUUCUCGAUGGGAUUCUCAUCCUCUACGGCAUCAUCCUCACCGUCUUGUACUGCAGACUGAGGGUGAGACAAACGGUCCCUCAAAGCAGCAACCAACAGCCUGCUGAACAGCCUGAGAAAAAGCCCACUGAGGGACUCUAUGCGGGUUUGUAUGCUCCCACUAACGACACCUACGAGACCAUCAGAAUGGACAAAAAGUACAUCGUGUGAUCGGACGCAGACAAGUCGAUGCGUCUUUUAAAAACUUCAUACUGUAACUUGAAUUGUUUCCUCUUCUUAUUAUAUAAACACCUUUCUCUCCUCUCAUGUCAAACGUUUUACUCCCUAAACUUCUUAUCAUCAUUAAUGCCACAGUAUUUGCUAAAACUACUAAUUGAAUUUAAGUGUUAUGUGUUAUGGGUUGUUCGUAGUGGAUGGGCUGGAGUUUUACUCAAGUUACCAAGAAAACAGAAGUUUACCUACAGUAUGUCUCUGUUCAUGUUUCCCUUUUUGUAACGCUGUGCAAGUUCCCCUCAGAUCGUGUGAAAGACCAUACCUCAUCUUCACCUUUACAUACACGACUGCAUGUUAUAAUGAUGAUGGUGAUGAUGACGAUUUUUCAAAAAUAAACAAUUACUCAGAUUAAAAUCAGGUCAUGUGAAAAUAUGUGGAUAGAUAGAUAGAUGGAUAGAUAGAUAGAUAGAUAGAUAGAUAGAUAGAU